AAGCUUAAGAGAAAAACAUGGAGAUUCGACCAUUGUUUUUGGUCCUAGUACUCUUGCUCAUGUGUUCUUCUUCCAAUGUCUCCACAGCCAUAGAUUGUAAAAUAACUACAUAUGGUAGUCCAUCGAAAUCUUUAUCCACUAUCACGGUCGAUAAAUCCGGAAGAGGAAAUCACGCCACGGUUCAAGAGGCCGUCAAUUCCGUCCGUUCCGGCAAUGCUUAUUGGAUCCAUAUCCUUGUCAAACCCGGCAUCUACAAGGAGAAGGUGACCAUACCCUGGGAUAAAGAGUGCAUAGUUCUUGAAGGGAGUGGAAGUGGGCAAACAAGAAUUACAUGGAAUGGACAUGGCCCAACAGAUACUUCUGCUACUUUCACUGCAGCGGCCGCCAACUUCGUUGCCAAGGGCAUUGCUUUCGAGAAUUCCUAUGACAUGCCAAUUGUCCAACAAAAUUGGGUUCCGGCAGUGGCAGCAAGAAUCUAUGGCGACAAAUCCUCUUUUCAUCACUGUGCUUUCAUUGGAUUUCAAGAUACCUUAUGGGACGUUCGAGGUCGCCAUUACUUCAACUCAUGCUCUAUCGAAGGGGCAGUGGAUUUCAUCUGGGGAAGUGGCCAAUCUUUCUAUGAGGACUGUUCGAUAAAGGUGACAGCGGGAUUGGCACCUCCACAGAGAUUGUAUGCAGGGUACAUAACAGCACAGGGAAGGCAGUCAGCAAAGGACUCCAGUGGGUUUGUUUUCGAAAGGGGUUCUGUUUUUGGGAUUGGCAAAGCUUACUUGGGAAGGGCAUAUGGUCCUCACUCCAGAGUGGUGUUCCAUGGCACAGAAUUGGGUGCACUGGUGGUUCCUGAUGGAUGGGACGCUUGGCAUUACAAAGGCAGUGAGCAAAAUUUCAUGUACGCCGAGGCCAACUGUCGCGGCGCAGGGGCCGACACGUCGAGGCGGGUGAGGUGGGAGAGAAGUGUUUCGGAAUUGCAAAAAUUCUCAAGAGACAAGUUCAUCGACCAAGAUCGAUGGCUAGUCAAUCAACCAUCGGCGUAACGAAAAUCGAUCAGGGUUGUCGCCCUUUUGCAGUUCUGUUUCUGUUUCGAAAUCUAUAUUGUGGAUUUAGAUUGUAAUUGUUGAUGAACGAGACACAAGAAAAUUAUAGAAAAGCUACUAAUUUUGUGUUUAAAGCUCUUUCAAGUUUUUGUAUUAAGAGUGGUUUUGUAUUCAACACAAGCUAUAUCAACCGUUCUUCCUAAAUUCUUGGUCGGGUAUUUUUUCCA